CCCUUGCGCUGCCUGUGCUCAUGGUUCCUGUGCCCUGGACAUUUUACAGCAGUUAUUUUUAUUUGAGGUCCUUUAGAUUAAUCAUUUUAGCUGACUGUUACAUUAUUCAGCACUUAACUUGUUUCUUCACCGACAGAUUAGUAAAUAUCUACGGCUUCCUUUACAGCUCCACCUGUGGACGAGAUACUGCAGGUGUUCGUCUGGGGGGAGGGGGGCAGAGCCGUGCAUCCUCUCUCGGAGCGGCUUUGAGGAGGAAGAGGAGGGCGAGGAGGAGGAGGAGUGUCGGUACCGCUGCACAGUCAGUGAGUCGUUAACGGUCGGUGACCAUCACCAGCGGUCGGAAACAGACUGUCGAAUGAUGAAGAUGAAGCUCCUUCAGCUCGGCGGUAAUGUGACUUCUCGCAGAGGAUGGACAGUCAGCAUUAAGAUAUCUUCCAGUGGUCAGGAGGACUGAGGUGAGGUUGAGGAAUCAUGGGAGAUGGAGGACCCCUGCAGACCGAGGGUAAUGCCCUCCUCAAAGCAGUCUUCCAGGGGAAGCUGAGGCUGACCCGUCUGCUGCUGGAGGGCGGCGCUUACAUCAACGAGGGCAAUGACCGUGGAGAGACCCCAAUAUCUGCUGCUUGCUUAGCAAGCUACGAUGACCCGCAGACUCGGCAGAGGAUGGUCAGGUACCUGCUGGAGAAAGGUGCCGACCCAAACAUCCCCGAUAAAAGUGGCCGAACAGCACUGAUGCACGCCUGCGCCGAGCAGGCAGGGAAGGAAGUGGUCUCCUUGCUGCUAGAAAAUGGAGCUGAUCCCAGCCUCAAAGACUACUCUGGCUCCUCUGCCCUUGUCCAUGCCAUCAACAAGGGGGACCGCGACACACUGCAGGUUCUCCUGGAUGCCUGCAAGGCCAAAGGCAAGGAGGUGAUUAUCAUCACCACUGACACAUCUCCGUCAGGUUCCAAGAAGACCAAACAAUACCUCAACUCUCCCCCCUCACCAGGCAUUGUGGACAAACUGUCUCCAGCUUGCAUGUCUCCCUCUGAGGUAGAGAUUGGCACCUCCUCACCAGCAGGAGAUAAGAGCAAAGACAAUGAGGGGAUCUUCAGCUUCACGCUCACCUCAGCUUUACCUUUACCUUCAUCUCGACCUCCAGGAGAGAAAAGACCACCACCUCGCAAGCUGUUGAAGAGGCUUAACUCUGAGCCCUGGGGCCUGGUGGCGCCCUCAGUGCUGAGUGGGGUUCCUCAGGACCGGGCUGAUGGAGGUCUGGAGGAGGAGCAGGGCUGUGACUUGAACAGGACAAUCACUGAAAUUAAUGGUCUGUCCAUCACAGAACCUGUCAGACCUCUACUGUCACGGCGACACAGCAUUGAGACCCACGACCCCUGCUCCCCUAAACUCAUUGACCGGUCCUGCUCUGAGGACUGUGCAGCCCUCUCUGGUUCCUGGGCUGACAAAGUCCAGCAGCACCAGAUUCUGUACCGCAGGAACACAGCCCCAGAGUCCCAGGAGAAUGCUGGAGGAACCGGAGCACUCAUGUCCCGGGCCAUGGCUCACCCUAAACUGACCCGGAUGGAGCACUAUGAGUCAGAUACCCACCUCUGCCCAGAGUCCAUCCCAGGAUCCCCAGACUCUGGUCGGGUGUCUGUGGAGAGGAAGAGGUACAAUGCCUCCCCCCUGUCCCUGGUCACCAGCUCCUCCAGGGAGUCUCUGGAGAAUAUCCCCAACUCUGUGUCCCCUAUCACCAUGCGCCGGCGCCCCCCAGGUCUCCUGGAGCGCCGAGGCUCUGGAACCCUCCUGCUGGACCACAUCUCCCACACUAGGCCUGGCUUCCUGCCUCCCCUCAACAUCAAUCCCCAGAGACCGAUCCCUGACAUCCGGGCCAAUGGUAAACCCACCUCCCCCGUUCACCCUGGACACAAGAUCCUGGUCCCAGUGGCCCCAGCUUCGCCGAAACGGGGCCCCGACUUCAAGAUGAAGAAGAAGCUAAUGAGGAGGCACUCGAUGCAGACGGAGCAGAUGAAGCAGCUCUCCGCCUUUCAGGAAAUCCUGGCUGAGAAGGUCAUUGAGUCCAAUGGGGAUUGAUGACAGGAAGUGUCAGAACAAAGCAUGAUGGGUAGCUGUAGAGAUGUGUUAGGGUGUUUAUUUAAUGUGAAGCUUCUGCAUCUGACACUCAAUGAGAAACCCAUUUAAAACCAGAUCCUGGUUUUUAUGGAGGGCUGCACCUAAACGGAUCUUAUUAACCUUAGAGAGGAGUUCAGUCAGGGUUCAGUUAAACCAGAUUUAAAUUUGAACCUCAAAUUUAAAUAAUAAUCUCUGGUUCUGAUGUUACAUUAGUUUAUUGUACAGAUGUAAGACAACAGAAAUCUUAAUGUAAACAAAAAAAAAAUGUAGAGGUGCUACAUCACAGAUACCUUGACAUCCAGUUAAUUCUCCAAGACGUUUAUCCAUCAGAACUCAUUUAAGUAGAUCUAAGAGCUGGGUCACAUUACUCCUGUUUUAGCCUCUUUACACUGGCUACCUGUUUAUGUCAGAGUUUUUCCAGGUUCAUCACUACACUGUUUAUCCUUCACAUAGAUCCUGGAGCUCUGGCCUCUUGGCUAACCAAGAGGCCAGACUAAAGACUACAAAGUCCUUUCUGUUCAGGUCUCAAGACUGGAACAAUCUAUGUAAGAAGAUUUACUUGGUGAAGUCUGUUCGAACUACUUCUAAAAUGUUAUGUUUACCCUGGUUUUAGUUACUUCAGCUGUUCUAGACCUCAGUGAAACAAAUUAUCAGAAUCAGCUUUAUUGGCCAGGUGUGUCGGACACACGAGGGAUUUGACUCUGGUACAUUGGCUCUC